AUGGAGCAUUGGAAAGAUAAGGUCGCUAUAGUAACCGGAGCCAGCGCCGGAAUCGGGAAGGCUGUGGCGGCCAAGCUGACUGAAGAGGGGAUGCGAGUGGCCGCUGUGGCAAGGAGGAAGGAGAGGCUACAGGAACUUGUUAACCAAUAUAAAGGAAGGAUAUACGCGUUUCCUUGCGACAUUACCCAAGAUGAAGAGCUUGUAAAGUUGUUCAAGACGAUAGAAGAAACGAUUGGACCUUGCCAUGUUCUUGUGAACAACGCUGGAACUGCCUUCAAAUCAGAUGUUUUAGAAUGUAAUUUAAAAGAAUGGCGUUACAUGUUUGAUCUCAAUGUGAUAGCAGUGGGGGUAGCUACUAGAGAAGCAAUAUCUUCAAUGAAGAGGAACAAGAUUGAUGAUGGACAAGUUAUUAAUAUUAGCAGUAUCGCCUCGAAGGGUAUACCUGGGCCAGAAGGGAUAGGAAGACAUGUUUAUAAUGCGACAAAGCAUGCACUUCGUGUUCUAACGGAAGGAGCUCGAAUGGAGCUUGCUCAACAAAAGUCUGGAAUUAAAGUAUCUACGAUUUGUCCAGGUGUGGUGGAAACUGAAAUUUUUGAAGUUGGAGGUUGGGGAGAUAUAUUUCUAAACGACCAGACUCCAGCUCUGCAACCGAAUGCGAUUGCCGACGGAGUUGUGACUCUUUUGAGUACGCCACAUUCCACGCAUAUUGCUGAUUUGGUUAUACGACCUUUGGGUGAAAAACUAUAUUCUUAA